CAUUGCAGGCAUCUUUUCCACAAGUCCUGUGUUGACCCCUGGCUUCUAGACCAUCGCACCUGUCCCAUGUGCAAGAUGAACAUUCUUAAAGCCCUAGGGAUCCCGCCCAAUGCCGACUGCAUGGACGACUUGCCCACCGACUAUGAAGGAUCUCUGGGAGGUCCACCAGCCAGUCAGAUCACUGGUGCCAGCGACACUACUGUGAACGAAAGCUCAGUCACUCUGGGCCCUGCUGUCCGGACUGUGGGAGCCCUGCAGGUGGUCUGGGACACAGAUCCCCCACCGCAGGAGGGAGAAGCCAUCUUUACUACCAACAGUGAGCAGGAGCCAGCAGUAAGCAGUGAUUCUGACAUCUCGCUGAUUAUGGCAAUGGAGGUUGGACUGUCUGAUGUAGAACUUUCCACUGAUCAAGACUGUGAAGAGGGCUGGGCACUAAGAGUCCUUUUCGCAAUGGCAGUUAAAAGGAGGUGGAAAGGCUGCCCUGCAGGAAGUCAGGAAAAAGGAUAGCAGGAUGUGACCGUGGAUGCUCUCCCCGAAUCAAUGCUGGCUCCCUAGGUUUAGGCUGACCCGGUUUUUCUGGGGUGGGUGUAAAUGAGUUAAACACUCAAUUGCACAAAAGGCUGGUAUUGCCUGAAAAAAUUAAUCAAGAAGCAGGCAUGCAUCUGUCAUCAUCACUCCUCUCCUUUCUCUGUGUUUCCCCCUAUCUCACAGCUCCAGGCCUUUUGUAAUAGGAACAAUAAUUUUUAAAGUCCUGCAGACUCACUCUUCUGCUGUGAGCCUUUUGAUGGCACUGUUAAGUAUCAUCCCCAAACUCAAGUGUUUCCAGAUCCUCGAUGUGGACCCUUAAUUAUCAAGCCCUUUAAUUACAAAACCUGUUUGUUCUGCAAAGAACUUGCCGGUGUCGUUUACAUCUCUCCUUACCACCAUCUGAAUUAGGCCUGCAUGGAGUGUUUCAUAUUAAAGUGACUUUUCAGGACGCUCAGUGAUCACAGACCUUCUCCUCCAUAUGCUACUAUUGACGCUUGCCCUUAAUACAGAGACAUUUGCUCUGUGGCCCCCUGAUGAAUGUGUGUUCAUUAUAAUGAUAAGGCAAAAAUCUCCAUCUCUUAAGAGGUCUGCAGGUCUAAAUGGCAAGGGAGAAAAUCUAUGGAAAAGGUAGCUCAACCUGAGUUACCCGAGUUACCCAGAGUCACUGCUUGGCAGAAUGUCUGUGGUCUUGUAUUCCUUGCUGAAGCGAGGGGCUUGGAGAAGCAGAGAAAAUAUGGGGCCCAUGUGUGCUGUAUAAACCAAAGACUGAUCACCUUCCAAAUGGACGUGUUUCUUCCAUUGAGUCAUUUGAUUUCCUUCUAAUGUUCUCACAGAUAUAAGUAAAGGUGGGUUGCCUGGUCAAAGGAAACUGAACUUUUACAGGCUUUAUCUUGCAGUCUGGUGAUGGACCUCACCAAAACCAGAAAUCUAAGACUUGUAUCAUGGCCUUAGUACCACACCAGCUUUAAAGUCUAGUGUUUUCCUUCAAAUGUCUGGGCAAGUCCUGUGCUUCAUUUAACUCAGCAUAUUAUUGUCUUGGAAGAUUUUAAAAUCUGAAGAUGUGAAGAUUUUAAACAGCCAAAGAAUUUUCAUGUGUAAGAGCUAGUUAAUUACAGUGUAUCCCACUCUUUUGGAGAAAAUACCAAACUAUUGCUUGUACAACCAGA